AUGAACGAUCCCAACGCAUCAAUACAGAUCGUCGAGGAAAGCGUCAGCAGACUCGCCGUACGCAUACCUCCGUUUUGGGGAGAUGAGCCUGAGCUAUGGUUCGCACAGCUGGAAACGCAGUUCACCAUCAGUGGCAUCACCCAAGACUCGACGAAAUACUCAUACGCUCUGUCUCAGUUAGACUCUCGUCAAAUCAAGGAAAUUAAAGACGUGGUCACACAGCCCCCAGAGGUUAACAAAUACGAGACUGUAAAAAGAGCGCUCAUACAGCGCAUGUCCGUCUCGCAGCAGCAGCGGACACGACAGCUCUUGGAGCUCGAGGAAUUAGGAGAUCGCAAGCCAUCUCAAUUCUUACGACAUCUCCGAACUCUAGCGGGUGAGAAUGUACCCGACUCUCUUCUACGGACACUAUGGCUAGGACGACUUCCUACGCAAAUGCAGAUGGUUCUCGCUACCCGGACGGAAGAUCCGCUCAACAGCGUAGCCGAACAGGCCGAUCGCAUUCACGAGAUGACAAGCAAGGCUGUAGUAGCUGCAACAGCUACGCCAGCGAAUAAAGAGUCUUUGGAAGCAAGAAUCCAGACUCUGACCAAGCAAGUGGCCACACUUACUACACGCCUCUCGAGAGACAACUCGAGGCAACGUAACAAUUGGAAAGGCCGUAAUCGAAGUCGAAGCCGUAGUCAGAGCCGCAACCGCGGUAAAAACACAGAGGAUAAGGACGAUAAGAAUAACAAGCACUGCUAUUACUAUAAUCGAUUUGGUGAGAAAGCAAGAAAGUGCACACAACCAUGUACAUAUAAAUCGGAAAAAGACCAGGGCAGUCACUGA